GAAGUUCAAAUGAGUUGUGGGCGUCAUGCGUCAUUUGAGUCUGGGUGAGGAAGUAAACUCCCUCACCCAGACUUGCUGCGCUGCUACUUUGUCUUUCUGUGAAAGUUUGAAACAAUGAAACUUCAAUCGCUCGUUAUUACAUUCAUCCAAGUGGCAGUAGUUGAAUCCAUCACGGAUGUUUUCGGGUAUCAUGGGGGUAAUGUCACUUUGCCGUCCGGAGCCAGCUCAUCAUGGAAUCUUACCAAAAUUGAGUGGUCCAUAUACAGAAACAACACCUGGAUCGCCACUUAUCAGAGGAAGAAGAUAAACGUUGAUCGCUUACAUAGCUAUAAAGGGAGACUCCAUCUCGACACCUCCUCAGGUGACUUGACGAUUCGCAAUUUGAAAGUAACAGAUGCCACUGAAUACAGUGUAGACCUCAUCGAUGACAAGGGACGUGACAGCUCAAACAAGAUUAGGCUCAAUUUGAGAAAAAAACUCCAGAAACCGACCAUACAGAUCGUCAACUCUAACUCAGAAAACGGAGAAUGUUGGGUGAAGCUAAAUUGUUCUUCAGCUGAUGAAGGUGUUAACCUGACCUGGACCUGGCAUUCUGAAAUCUUCAACAGGACUUCGUCGAUUCCUGGUUCCGAUGGCAGUUUUAUGCUUCGUUUUACGUCAACCAACACCAGACAAAAACAGGUUACAUUCACCUGCAGCUCCACGAAGGAUAACGACAGUGCCUCAGCUGAUUACACUCUAACGUGUGAAGAUCCUUCACCUCCCAAGCCAACACCCGCUUGGCUUGUUUUGUUCAUCGGAGUCUUUCUGGGAGUUUUAAUAACUUUAGUUGUCAUUUACAGAGACAAAAUCAAAACUGGAUGUAUACAGGCCAAAGAAACUGUGCUCAAAGGAAGCGUAAUCUAAGGAAAGCUUGUCAAGGAUAAAUAUAACAGUUGAAGAGGAACGUCACGUCUGAAGAUAUCUAGAGAAAUUGUCUUGGGUUUAUAGUGAAAUUGCAGGUUAUAUAUUUAUUUAAAAGAUGAAAGGAAGAUCACAUGAAUUAAAGAAAUGAAUGUAUGUUUAGACAACCUGCAGAGGUUGACGCAAUAUAAUAAAAACCUGUAUCAUUUAAUGCAAAUCACUUAAAACAAUUCCCAGACAACUUUAAAAUCAGGUGAAUUGUAACGAUGAUAGUGUUUAUACUUUUUUGCACAGGUGUAAAUCCACGUUAUGUACAUUUGCAAAAGAAUAUUUUAUUCUUUCUUAUGUUAAAACGUCACAUGUCAUUGCCUCUCGACCUCAUUUUUGGGGACUGUCUGUUCCACCUUUAUUUUAUUAUCCUGUCACAUGGUCUUUAAACUGCUAUUGUCAGAUUUUUUUAUUGUUAAAAAAAUGUUAUUUCACUGAAGUUUUGUGAAAUUAUGUCAUUUAUAAAUCUUGCCAACAAUGAUGUAUAGUGUUUUACUGAAAAUGUCCAAUUUCUAAAUCCUUCUAAUUGUCUAGACAACUCUCUGUGAUCUCACCCUUAUACAUAACUCUCAGUCCCUCAGAUUGUCCCACUGUGGCAUAUUAACUGUCCCACGUCUAAAGAAAAAAACAAAAGAAAAGGUCGGAGCCCGGGCGUUUUCAGUAGUCGUGCCUCGGCUCUCGAAAAGCCUCCCACAUUAGACAGGCCAUUAUAGAGUCUGUUGGUGCUUGAUGAAGAAGAACCAUUUAUUUUAUGUUUUCUUAUAUUUGUUUUGCGUGUCUGUCUUUGUGAAGGUACUAUAGAAUAAGAAUCAUAUUCUUGUUACCUUAAAAUGAGCCUUUUUUGUCUACAAUGUGUCCUGUUUCAGGGAGUGUGCCAUGUUUCUACAUUUGACCAGAAAUAAACACUGGCUCUAGAAAGAAUGUACAAUGUAAUUCAGCAUCUUCACCGCUAGAUGCCACUAAAUCCUAUGCAUUGGUAUCUUGAAUAGAGGUCCUGGUGUCUUAGAUACAUUUACCUGAUAUGCUUUAAAGAUACCGCCUUGUUUUGUUGUUGUAAUUACUGUCUUAAGUCUUAUUGUGAGUUUGUCAAAUUUUGUUUUUGUGUAAACACGUGCACUCUCAUGAGGAACUUCUGGUACUGUUACUCUGGUACAAUAAAGCUGAAUGUAUUUUAUUAAA